AUGGAUCUUGCUUGCAACCCCCUGCUCUUGCUCUUGUCACUACUACUCCUACUCAUACUUGCUCCUAAAGCCGCCUUGGCUUCCAGCGGCGCCACCAGGCUUGGCAAGGGCCGCCGUCUUACUGAUGGCGAGACGCUCGUCUCCGUCGGCGGCACAUUCACUCUGGGCUUCUUCUCCCCCGGGGUGUCCACCAGGAGAUACCUCGGCAUCUGGUUCUCCGUGUCUCCAGACGCCAUCAGCUGGGUGGCCAACCGUGACCGCCCUCUCAGCGACAACUCCGGCAGGCUCGUGUUCACCGACUCGGGGAACCUCCUCCUGCUGCAUGGCUCCGCCGGCCAUAUCACCGCGUGGUCCUCCAACUCCACCAGCACCUCCUCUCUAGCGCGUCUAGAGCUCCUCGACACUGGCAACCUCGUCGUGCGCGACCCAGCCAGCUCCACAUUCUUUUGGCAGUCGUUCGAUCACCCAUCCAACACCUUGCUGGCCGGCAUGAAGAUGGGCAAGAACCUGUGGAGCGGCGCCGACUGGUCCCUUGCCUCGUGGAGCUGGCCUGACGACCCGUCCCCGGGGAGCUACCUCCGCGUGCUCAACUCCAGCGGGAUCCCCGAGUUCGUCCUGUGGCAAGGCGGCGUCAAGAGGUACCGCACGGGCCCGUGGAACGGCCGGUGGUUCAGCGGCAUCCCGGAGGCGUCCACCGACUACAACUUGGUCACCUGCCAGGUGACCAUCAGCUCAGGGGAGCAAACCUACUGGUUCACUGCGAAACCCCGCGCCCCCUUGACUCGUGUCGUGGUCAAGCGGCUGAUGUGGGAUGCGGCCAGGCGUACGUGGGAGACGAUCUUCCAGGGGCCAAGAGACGUCUGCGACUCCUACGGCAAGUGUGGGGCGUUCGGCCUCUGCGACGCGAGCGCGGCGGCGGCGCCGCCAACGCCGUUCUGCAGCUGCCUCAGGGGAUUCAGCCCCGCGUCGCCGCUAGCGUGGUCCUUGAGGGAUACAUCCGCCGGAUGCCGGCGAAACGUCGAGCUCGACUGCGGCCACAGGCGGACGACGACGACGGCGGCGGCGGCGGCGGACGGUUUCGUGCUGGUGAGCGGAGUGAAGCUCCCCGACACGCACAACGCGACGGUGGACGCGGGCAUCACGGUGAAAGAGUGCAGGAGGAGGUGCCUCGCUGACUGCUCCUGCUUGGCCUACACAGCUGCCAACAUCCGCGUAGGCAGCGGCUGCGUCAUUUGGAGGGACACCAUCAUGGAUCUUCGAUUUGUCGACCAAGGACAAGAUCUGUACCUGAGGCUAGCUAAGUCUGAACUAGGUGGUGGUGAAUUCAGGAGCCUGGAAUUACCUGUUUUUGCCAUUGCUGCACUGGAGGCCGUUCGUUGUAUUACCCUGGCUACCAUAAAGAAGGCAACCGACGAUUUCUCCAGCGAACGGGUGAUUGGUCGAGGAGCAUUUGCUAAAGUGUACGAGGUCCAGCUCCCACACGGGAAAACGGUUGCGGUAAAGCGGUUCGGCUUCGGGUCGAGGGGGCCUCUCGACACAAAGGGCAGGGGCGAUUUCGCAAGGGAGGUGGAAGUGAUGGCCAGGCUCCGGCAUGGCAACCUUCUACCCCUCCUCGCCUACUGCGACCAAGGCGACGAGCGCAUAAUCAUCUACGCCUUCAUGCAGAACAAGAGCCUGGACAAACACACACUAGCAGCUAUAUAUAUACUACUACUACUAGCUCAUGCAUGCGUGUCCGACGACUCUCGUCGUUACCCAUCGUGGCAGGGGGACCCAGCGCCCGCGGUGCGCUGACCUUGAGGCGGAGGUUGGAUAUUAUACGGGCGGAGCGUCAUCCACCGAGAUCUCAAACCCUCCAACGUGUUAUUGGACGAAAACUGGAGGCCCAAGAUAGCCGACUUCAAUACGGCGAAGCUGUUCGUCGCUGAUUGCCUGGACCCAGAGUCUAGAGAGACCAUCGUCUUUACGCCGUAA